GAAGCAUUGUUGUUUCUCUGAUUGCACUUCAAAGAGCUAAUCAGGAUUGUUGUGUACAGUUAAGAAGUGUCAUGGCAACACUAUAUAAAACACAUAGACUCUUGAUUAUACAUUCAUAUUUGUGUAGGAUCUGAAGGAGCAACAUCACACUGAAACUGUAUUUUUCAAGACAUUUUUAUUUGCAAGGAAUCAUGCUGAAAUGGAAGUAUAAAAGACAUUCAUAUCACGCUGACUUAAUGAGGAAUGAAGAACUUCCAAAUACAUGUAGUGACAGGCAUGUGGACUCUGAUGCAACAAUAAGCACUGUCAAAAGUUGGGAGCAUGCAGGACAAUCAAAUGAUGAUCUCUCUGAUUAUCUGCCAUUAUCAUCUACUCAUAUUGCAUCAUCAGAUUCUCAUCUUGGAUUCAUCUCCUCAACCGAAUCUGAUUCAUCCAUGAGUGGAUAUGACUUGUCAAUGGAGGACACUGUUGAGGAUGUCACUCUCAAUCCCCCACUACAGGAAACUGUUGAGGAUGUUGUCCUCACCCCCACACUGUCCGGGAAGCCUCGCUGCAUACGGUCAUUGGACAAUACACUUGAGAGAACCAAGAGUGACUUGGACUUGUAUCCAGUCCAACUUAACCUGUGUAAAAGUAUGGGGGAAAUCUUUGGCUCAAGUAGGAAUUUGAGGGAACAGGAAGUGAAGCAGGGGGAUGUGUCAAUUAAUACAACAUUACAAGUGAGAAGGAAAAUGUUGCACAACAACCUGGACAGGCUGAAGCUUCAAACUGCAAACAUGAAAUCUAAGGAUACAAAAAUGUUUGACCAAUUUGAAAAAUUACGGAAAAUGCGUGAAGCUAUCUCGUCACCUAUAGCACCACCUAGGCGCAAACGAGCACUGAGAGCCUCUAGAACACAAUCUGCACUCAUCCCAGAGGACAUGCAUGUAGAUGAUGAGAAAAACAUAUAUGAAAAUAUUGUCCCUGCAACUGGUGCACUGAUUCCAAUGCCCAAUAACAAUAACAGUGAUGACACAUCUCUGGAAUUCAAUCACCCUUUGACUACAAAUGGAGACUGUUUUAUCAAACUGAGUCCCAAACAAUUGGCUCAAGACAUUGCACAGACUGACAAGGAAAAUAACAAUUCCAAACUUGGGAAUGUUUCCGCAAUUGGGAAACAACAGUCAGCAAACAUUGACUCCUUAGACAUCACAUCAAAGCACAUAGUCAUCAAGGAUAUAAACAAUAUAAACAGCAAACAUAUCUUAACACCAAGCAGAAAUCUUAAAAAGUUUUUAACAAAAUUAACUCGAAGUGGUAAAAAGAAAACAAACUGCUAGAAUGUGUUUUGAUGAACUUAAAACAGUGACACCAUUGUUUGUGAAGUGUCACCUAAAAAUAAGCUUAUUAGGCAAAAUAGACAAAACAACAAAAAUAAAAAUAUUGCUAAUAUCCAAUGAUGAUCCAGUAAUUACUUUAAAUACAUUAAUAACUGACAUGACAUGAAUCAUAAUCAGUGGGAACUGUAUUUUAAAUGUUGAAUUUUAGUACUGUAAGAAUAAAGUAUACAUGUCAGUAGUUACCAAACAAAAUAAAUAUUGAUUUUAUUGAAAAUCAUUAAUAUUUGUUUUUACAUUUCCCAUUUAAUUUGAGAAGUUAGGACAAUGGUGCAGUUAUUUUUAUUGAGUGUA